UUUCGGUAAACAUCUUGUGUUAUUUCGUCUUCUCACUUCUCACUCUCAAGUCUCACGCAUCUCAGUUGCUCUACUUUCUCACUUCUCAGUAAUAACUGAUAACUACGGUGAGAGAAAGAAGGAAAAUUUGGUACACAAAAAUGAGCCAAUGAAACUGUUUUAAGGUAAAACAAUUUGAGAGAGAGAGAGUGAGACAUCGAUUACUAGAAGAUGAUUACUGGUGGCGCCAGUCAAUAGCAAAAGUCACAAAUACCCAAAUUUGGAGACUGGGAAGGCGAAGAGAAUUACACGGUUUAUUUUGAUAAGGCAAGGAAGGGUAAAGGGGGAAAGAUGACCAAUCCAAAUGAUCCUCAACAAAGUGGUGAUAUAUUGUCUGAUGAUACACCAAUAGUUAGAGCUCCACCAAUAAAAACUGGUUUUCAACCAGAGAUACCAGUGGAAUCCAAGGUUCAGAAGCCUAGGCAUGAGCGCAGGUCAAGCAGAGAUGACGGAGGCCUCAGGCAAAUAAGCCAUGAAAAUUUCAAUCGCAAAGCCAAUAAUGGCACAUAUCAUCAUCAACAAGGCGAUAAUGGUGUAACUUUAGGGGACACUCCAAAAAAAGGAGGCAGGACAAGUGCUGCUGGUUCCGAACGCAGUGUUGAGCAAUCUCCUAUGCACCCACAUUAUCAAGCAAAGGUUGGAGGCCGAGGUGGUGGUAGUGGACCUGGAAGCGCACGGUCUUCUCCUUCGUGGGAGAAAAAAAACUCCGAAGGUAGCCACGGUUUAGCUCCAAGCACUCCGGGAAGAUCACGACUAAGAUCGGUUACUCGAGGCGAUGAAACACCAGACAAAGGUGCUGCUGUACCAAAAUUCGGGGACUGGGAUGAGAGUGAUCCUGCAUCAGCUGAUGGGUUUACUCACAUCUUCAACAAAGUGAGAGAGGAAAAGCAGGGGGGGGCAGCAAAGCUGCCUAGCAUGUCCAAUGAUUCUUACUCUAAUGGUCACAAGCAAGUCAAUUAUGGAGAUUCCGCGAUGUGCGGCUGCCUUUCAUGGUGCAAAAAAUGACGCUGAUGAUGCAGCUUGUGAAUCAACAUAAGUUGUUCCCGACCUGUAAAUAGCUCUGAAAGCUGUCUCUGUCUAUCUCUAUCUGUUCCUCUGUCUAUAUGUAACUCUUUCCAGAAGUGCAUUCUUUAUGUCUCACUGUGUGUCUUACCCUCUAGUCUACUUUGUGAUAUGUGAAAAAAAGAAAAAAAGGACACGAUUUUCUCGGGAAAACACUUCUCUCUUUUCUUUUCUUUCCUUUUAUCCCUUGAAAGCUUGAAAUUAUUGUCAUUUACUAUUUCCAUAGAGGAUUAUUAUUUUUGGUGAAAGAAAGAAACGUUU